UCAUGAUGAAAUCUGGCAAAAAAUGGUUUUCCAAAAAAUAACAUUUACUCCAUGCAGUGAUUAAACUAAACUGUAGGAAAGUAAGUGUACUGUGAUUGGACUAAUCCUAGAGAAAGUGUACUCCAGUGAUUGCACUAAUCCUAGAGAAAGUGUACUCCACUUCACUGUGAAGUGUACUUACUUCACUGAAAAAAAUGUCUGAGGAACAUUUAAAGAUUUUCCUAAUUCUCUGCAUCAUUAUUUCCCAUUCAGUUGGAGAAGAUAAAACAAGAUGGAGAAGAGGAGAACAAGAAGAAGAAGGAGAAGAAAUGCAAGAAGGAAGAAUUAUUUCAUCUUCUGCAGAAUUCAGGCUCAAGGAGGGGGAAACUGUUAUUUUCCCCUGUCAUACAGUGUUCCAAGGUAGUUCUGUAAUAACGUGGAACUGGGCGGGUAAGCUGGUUUCUGCAGGAAAUGUCAAGGUUCUAGGUGAUCAAAGAGUAGAAGUGGUGAGAGAUGGAAGAGAAUUAAAAAUAGAAAAUAUAAGAGUAGAGGAUCGAGGUGAAGUCUCCUGUACUCUUAAUCUUAAAUCUAAUCCUCAACAUCUAAACCAUACGCUGCAAAUAUUAGUUCCUCCCAGAGCACAUAUUAUCGGAGACAAGACUUUGAACCUGACGGAGGGAGAGAGAUUAGAACUUUCUUGUACUGUACAUGGAUACCCAGUACCUACUGUACACUGGUCUAAACAGGGUCCAGGAAGCAGUAUUUCUACAGGUACAACUCUAGUUGUACAUGAAGUUAAGGAAGAUGAUACUGGGUUGUACACAUGUACAGCUAGAAGUUCAGAGGGACAGAGUACAGAUACAGUAUCUGUACUUAUCUUGUAUAAACCCAUAAUAAAACUACAGAGGAAGUUUCAAAGAGAAAAAACAGAAAAAAUAUUUUCUUUGGCCUGCUCCGUAGACGCUAAUCCACCAGCUAAGGUGACCUGGUAUAAAGAUGGUAAAUAUCUAAAGACUGAAAACUUGAAGGAAGGAUCUGAGCAACAACACUUUUUCUCAGUAACAUCUCUCAAGGAAUCUGAUUAUGGUAACUACACUUGUGAAGCAAGAAACAAAAUUGGUCUGGCUUCUCAGAGUUUAGAAUUAAAAGGCCAACCAGAUCAACCAGUUAUACUAAGCAACAUACAGAGUUAUGCUGAGACAGAAUAUACUCUUAGUUGGAGAGUUUGGACUCCACCCACUCUUCCUAUUCUUAACCAGAGUAUACUAUACAGACUCAAGAGUAAGGCUAAUGGAGAGAAGGUUGGUGAAUCUGAGGGAACCUGGCACAAUCUAGCUCUAAUAUCAGAUACAGGGGCACAACAAGGGGUAGAGAAGGAUGAGUAUAAAAUGGAUUUAACUGGAUUACUAAGUGAUGCUGAAUAUGAAGUGAGGAUUAGAGCAAUGAAUAAACAAGGAUGGAGCCAGUUAUCCCAACCUUUCUUCUUUAAAACUUCAGGUUCUGUGUUUCAGCUGGAAAUUCCCUUGUUCACUAAACGACAGCUGACAAGUCAAGGAAACUGUUUAAUUUCAUCAAAAUAUAUAUUUUCAUUAUUUUUGUUCCUUGCAAAGAAUAAUGUGAUUUUCAGUGAUUAAACUAAGAAUGAUCUAAAUAAGAUUAAUCACUUUUAUACAAAAAAAAACUCUUUUACAACAACUCAUAAUUAAGCCUAUGUAAUUAUUAUUAAUUGGUUCUGAUUUUUGAAGUGCUGCUCAAAAUUACCAAAACACCUGAAUUCUGGGGGAUAAAGUUCCAACCCGUACUCAUGUUCCAAUCUUGACACUGAGUGUCAGGUCUGGGCCAAAUCACGGUUUCGAACUUUCUCUCCUUGGAUUGUGACAAGCAAAACAUGCCAGAACAGGCCUGUUUUUAAAGACCCAAUGUGUCCUUUACGCCAUAUCAAAAUUUCAUUCUGUUAAAGUUUAAUUCCUAUGAUCUUUUAAUACUUGCUUGCUUUCUAUUUAUCUUCUCAUGUACAAUAUUUUGUGUGAAAUUAUGUAAAA